GAGUAUGCUCCCUUACAUUAUUGACAAUGUUGCUCCUUAUGUUAUUUUUUUUUACUGUUGUAAUAAUAGCACUUUUAAUUACAAUUUUUUUCGUACAUGCAAGGCCACGAAUUCGACUACGUAAUAAUAAUAAAUGUGAUCCAGCAUCCGUACUAGUCGUUGUUGGCUCUGGUGGCCAUACAACUGAAAUUUUAACUCUAGUUAAAGCCUUAGGUGAACACUAUAGUCCACGCUAUUACAUUGUAGCAGACACAGAUCAAAUAAGUGAGAAAAAAAUAGAUGAGUGUGAAAAGCUGAAGAGUGAUGUCAAAGGUCAACAAAAUUACAAAGUGUUUUACAUUCCUCGAAGCCGUGAAGUGAAACAGUCGUACCUGACCAGCGUCAUUACCACACUACGGGCCAUCAUUUUUUGCUUUCCUCUAGUUUUUAAACUGCGACCAGAGAUUAUUCUCUGCAAUGGUCCUGGUACUUGCAUACCAGUUUGUUUAGCUGGCAUGGUUUUAAAGUGUCUGCGGCUACAGAGUACUGUGAUUGUGUAUGUUGAAAGCUUUUGUCGAGUGACUUCACUCUCCUUGUCAGGCAAGCUGUUAUAUCACUUGGCCGAUAGUUUUUUUGUCCAGUGGCCGGAGCUCCUAGGAAAGUAUCCUAAAGCUAAAUACGUUGGUCGUCUCGUUUAAAAUUAUUACAACAUCUUUGUUGGAUUGUUUCUUACCACUCAGCCUACAUAAAGUAUUUUCCCCAUGUGUGUUUAAAAUGUCCAUCCACAUUAUAAAAAAAUAAAUAUUU